GCGACGAUCCUGUUACUGGAAGUUUUGGCAUUGAAAUUGAGAAAAGGAAAAGUAUUUAUGAACUUAAGGAAGAAAUUAAAAAAUACUUUCCUCGGCUUGAUAGUGUUGACCAUGUUGAGCUUGCACUCUGGAAAGUGAAUAUUCCAAUAGACCGGUGCAAUGCAAUCCAGCAAUUCACAUUUAGUGAAGAUGACUGUCUUAACCCGAUAAAAACAAUUGAUGGCAAAAUUCCAGAAAAUUGUCUCCACAUAGUAUUCGAGAUUAAACCUGUGUACAUUAUACAAGAUGACGUUGAAUUUAAAGCAAUUCAAUCAUUUUGCAGAAGGCACGAUUCCUUACCACACGUUCAAGAUCUGGAACAGAUUCUAUUGAUGGAAUUUGAUACGAAAAUACCAAUCCGUAGAAAUAUUUACGAUAAAAAGAAAAAGCAAAUUCCAAUGCUGGAUAAAUAUUUUUGUGAUGAGAAUAAGGAAAAUAAAACAGCAAAUAUAUUAUCAUCUAUGUGUGAAUCGGCAACGUGUCAGACAUAUUCAGAUCCAGGGUCUUUAUCGAGUAAUUACGAUUAUUUGAUUAGCUAUAUUGAAAGAG